AUGAUGCCUAUUCUGGAUCAAAGUCCAGGCCAUCAUCAUCAUGGUCAUGGCCAUCAAGUAUUCUAUCAUCAGCAGCCUGUGCCAGAACAAGCUGGUAAAAUGCAAUUGACUCUUAUCUUACCGAAUGGCGUACCAUCAGUGAUUAAUGUUGAUGCAAACACACCAAUGAUGGAUUUAUUGGUGCAAGCAGCUUCAUUGAAUAAACUUAGCCCGAGCGGACACUCACUCGUUGUUCUCGAUUCUAAUCAGCAUAUGAUUCAUUUCAAGCCUAAUCAAACCGUUGGACAAAUCGUGAGAGGCUGUCAACUGCCACAAGUCAAUGGUUCAUCAACAAUUAGUCUACUUCCUAAAGAGAUCUCUCAAUCACACCCGUCAUCGAAGAAGAAAGCUCAACCAUUUGAAAUAACCGUUCGUCUACAAGUGAAUCUUCCAGAUGCUCAAAAGAUCCUAUUACGUGUCGAUCCAACAUUGCCAUUACAUGAAAUUAAAGAACAAAUAUGUAAACAAAAGAGAUAUGUCGAUUCAAAUCGUUACACGCUACGUCUACCACAUAAACUUGACGAGCCGCUAUUACUUGGACUCUCUUUGGCAGAAUAUAAAACCAAUGAGAUCACUUUAGUGCGUCUGAAACAUGAUUCAACGACGACUACAAAUCAAAUUCAAUCAUUCGAUCGUCUCUAUCGCACACGUUCAGAAAGUCAACCGCCACGAGAUCUAAUGCAAGAAGUUCAACAAGAACAUCAGGAGUUAAUCAACAGCAAACAUCGUCCAGCAAGUGUUCAAUUGAAUCCUCUGCAAGGUCAAAAUACGAGUUCAUUUCCAACGCGUCCGACACAUCCAAAGACGUCUCAUACGUCUCUUCAUGCUUAUUGGAACGAUCCUAACUUCGAUACACAAUCUCAAACAUCGAAUUGUUCAUCGACAACCAAGAAACGACAGGCACCAAGACCACCGGACCAUGUUAGUCCAACUCUUAACGAACAAUCUCAACAGUUAGAACAUCAUCAAAGUCAAGAGUCGUUAACCGAAAGUUUAAAUGGAACAAAACACAAACGUAAAGCUCCGAUUUCACCCCACACCACUACUUCUCAAGAAGAAGAAGCUAACGGAGACCAACAAGUUAAAACCGACAACGAAUCACAACCACACACAGAUGAGCAACAUAUUGAAUGCGUUCGCGUUCAGGAAUCGACUUCUUCAAUAACACAAACUCAAGAACAGAUUCAUUCGGAAUUGCAAUCAUCAUCUACACCUAUUUACUCCCAAAUACAGAAAACUAAAGAAGGAACACCCAACGAGCCUCACUAUUCAACGGUUAAAUCAUCACCUACACAGCCGGUCCCACCACGCGAAGAUCAUGCUAAAACGACACCGUCGAACUAUGGCGUCGAGGAAAUUGUUCAAGCCGGAAUUGCCGAACGUCCGACUAGAUCAGCUAGCAAACCAUCGAAAAAAACCAAGUCAACCGAUGGUCUAACUAAAAUCAUCACCGAUCACAAUGAACGGGCACAAAUCUAUCAAGCAAAUGAAAAACAAGCGGAAAACGUUUCGUAUUUUCGUGUGGCAAAAAGUCGACAUGGUAAAUUCGAAACUGAUAAUCAAGGUUUCGUCAAUACUACGUCAAAUGUUUUCGAUUCAACAACCGAUCAAAAACAAAUACAGAAUACAGAUGAAAAUGAUCAAUCGCAAAUUCUCGAUGCCGAACAACUAGCAGUAUUAUUGAAUAGUAACGAAAAACCACCCACGCCCAUUCAGCUUGAAGUGACUCAGCGCACGACACAUAUUUCUGUAACUGUGGAAAGCGAUCGAAAACAAAUCAUUACUCGAGCUUCACCAGUACCUCAGCAAAGUUCUUCAACUCCACCAGCAGUAGCACCGAAACCAUCAGGAAAAACCAUUACUGAAUAUCGUACUGUUCGACGUAUUGGUCAAGAUGGUGAAACAACAACAACGACAACCGUACGAACGGAAACAGUCCCAUCAGAACUAACAGACAAUGUCGAUCAAACAACUUCACUCACACCGGAUCAAUCAAGUCAACAACCUCAUGACAUGGACAAUUCGAACAAACAAUAA